AGAUGGACCACCCACUACCCUCUUUUCAUUCGCAGCAGUCCUCGUUCAACCUCCGUCCUGCUUCCUUCAGCCUGUUGCCUUCAUAAUCACACAAAGUCAUCAAACGCAUCAGCAGACCGGUUCAGCAGGCAUCGGAUACCCUAUCCUAGUUAGCCUAAUUCUCAAACGUCGACCGAUCGACUUGCGUCUCGAGCAGGAAUUAUAAACAAAACCUCGAGGUCGAUUCCGGAGUCAAAACAAAAAUAGACGGAACUCCAUAACCCAACACCGUUAUCUCCUCGAGCAACAUCCAGCUCGAAGGUCAACAACCUCCUUGCACUUAGCUCAAUUGUGCUAGGCUCUUUUGACACCAAGAGUCAUCGGUUGUCGAGACUCGGACUCGGAGUCCAACGCUGAACGCAACUCGCUUCAAGUUCCCCUCAAAACAUCGCCUGCAAUGACCAACCUGCUGCACCAACUCGCUCGACCGAGGUCACUCCUGGCGCUGGUCGUCAUCAUACCUAUCUUGACUGUCAUAUCAUUCUUGCGAAAUAGCUCGCCAGGUCAGACAGCGGUGGGAUAUAUCCCUCCUACGCGGGUACUCCCCACCUACGAGUCGUCCUCGAACAUUCCGUUCUGUCUACCUCAGGGUGUGGACAAUCACGCGUCAACCGGGGGCUACCACGAUCAAGAUGAAGCUCUACGCAAGACGCACGAGCAAGGGUUGUUGCAGGACAGCGUACCAGCUGAGGGGAUCAAGGCGUACAUGCGCUCACAUAUCAAACAGAAACAGCAAGGGUUUGACGCCAAGGCCGACGAGGACUUCUUAGGCAUCAAGCUAUAUGGCCCGAUCGACUUGGAAGAAUACAAGGCGGAGCUCAUGGAGACGUACGAAAAGUACCUGGCCAUCCCUUACAUCCGCACACCAUCCUUCCUCCCGCUCGUCAAGUCCCGUCUCUCAUUAUCCCCUCCUAUCGCUCCGCUGGCACCUCGACCCAGGACGAUCACCACGACGGAUGCUCACCGAGACCUCGUCCCUUGGCAAUUCGCGCGAUGGAAAGAACUCUUGCCCGACUGGGAGAUUAGGGUAUUUGAGGAUGCGGAUAUGGAAAAGUGGAUGAGCGAUAUGUUUGGAGGUACGGUAGCGGAGCGAGUAUGGUCCGAGUUGCCAAGGAUGGUAUUGAAGACGGAUAUCCUGAGAUACUUCAUUCUCCUGGUUGAAGGUGGGAUAUACUCGGACAGUGAUACAGCACCCAUAAUCGAUCCCGAUCAGUGGGGAUACCCCUACACGAACGCAACCGAUCCCUUGCUCUCCCACCUAUCUCGGAUAUUGUCGCUGUCCAACUCGGCUCAUCAUAUACCGGCGGAAGAGGAUGUCAUGACUCAGGACCCGCAAGACGAAGACGAAUAUGGCGAUCUGAUCGAAGAAUCGGACAUUGACGCAGCCCAGCUGCUGGAUACGGCGACAGCAGAACCCGGUAGUCCUGCUCCGCCUGUAGAUAACAAUCUAUGGAGACGAGCGGACGGAGUCAAAGAGGCAAGUGCGACCGCGCAUCUCGACGGUGUUGAUAUCGGGCCUGGCAUGUCUCCGAUCGUAGACGACGGCGCCGAACUGGGACCACCAAGCUUGGUCGUUAGCGUGGAGAGCGACGCUAUCGAGUUUGGGUGGACAAAUUGGCGGGAGGUCGGGUUGAGCCGAGCAGAUCAGAUUGUGCAGUGGACCAUCAUGGCCCGACCAGGACAUCCCGUCUUCCUGGAUGCUAUCGGUCGAUCCUUGCAGAAAUCGAUAGAGAUGGCUGAAGCGGAAAAGGAAGCGGCUGCGAAGGGCGAGGUCUUUUUGCCCGAGAGCGCUCUCGAAUGGACCGGACCUGGAAUCUUUACCGAUAGCGUCAUGCGAUACCUUUUGACGAGAUACGGCUUCCAGCCCAGAGAAUUGCUUCACGUCAAAGAUCCUAUCCGUAUUGGAGAUGUAUUGCUUCCUGCUGGCUCUUAUAGCAGCGUUUCGCCGUUUACCGGCGAAGCUCAACGCAAAUGGGCGGCGAGCUAUCAUGGCUUCUUUGGACGAUGGAGAGACGCCGAUCCUCAGAUACAGGAACAGGAGAGGCUGAAAAAGAUCAAGGAGGACGAGGAGAAGGAGGCGGAGAGGCUGAAAGAGGAGCAAGAAGCCGAAGGUCGGGUAGAGACCGAAGAGGUAUCCCUAGACGACAAGUCGAACCUUUGGUAAUGCAGGCGAGGGGGCAUGGGCAGUGCACCUAUACACGAUACACGACUCGACGACAAUAGCUAUGAACGCUAGAACACUAUCACGAACCCAUAUAGAUGAGAUGAAAUUGUAUCAUGAAAUCGUUCGAUGACGAGAAAUGGUCGCGUAGAAGCGCGAAUUUUGCGCUUGCGACGACGACUUUGCCCGGGUCAAGCGAGG